GGAAAAUAUUAGGUGUAGCUGCCCACGCAGCAAACUGCUUUAUAAAAGGGUCAACUUGACUCCCCCAAAGAAGACGAGUCAGUUGUCUUGCUGGCAUCAUGCAUGCUCUGCACAGAUUUCUGCUUCUUCAUCUUCUGACAUGUCUCGGACAACAUGCACAUGGGAGCGACAUCAUAAAUGGAGAAAAGGCUGCGGAGGGGUCAAUGACGUUUAUGGUCUCAGUGCAGAACAGACAUAAUCAUCAUGUUUGUGGAGGAUUCCUGAUCCGUGAAGACUUUGUGGUUACUGCUGCACACUGUGACGCACCGAGUCUUACACAUGUUGUUGUCGGCACCCACAAUCUCAAGAAUGCUAAUGGAAAAAAACUAUCCAUCAAAGAGAAACACAAGCACAACUCUUACACGACUGUAGGAAAUGGUGAUGACAUCAUGCUCCUCAAACUGUCAAACAAUGCUACACUGGACAACAGCAUAAAAACAAUUCCACUUCCAAGUCCUGGAGAAAACAUAGCAGAUGGUACACUGUGCAAAGUAGCUGGGUGGGGUUUCACACGUACUGGUGGUGCAGUUGUUGAUGAGCUGAGAGUGGUGGAUGUGUCGACCAUUAACAAACAAGUCUGUGGGACUGCGUGGAACGGUUAUCUUCCUGCCAAUGUCAUCUGUGCAGGUGGAUAUGGAACAAAGAAAGGAUUCUGUCAGGGUGAUUCUGGUGGUCCUCUGGUCUGCAGCGGGAAGGCUGUUGGCGUCGUGGCUCACAACCGAGGGAAUAACUGUAACUACCCACAAUCACCAAAUGUCUACACUGACACAUCUAAAUACAUUACCUGGAUCAACGGAAUCAUUACAUCUUAGGAGCACAAAUCUUGCAGAGUUUUGCUUAAGAAAAGUAACUACCAAAAUGUACCUAACAGCUAAAGCUACAGCUAAAGGUCCUGCUCUGGAUCAACAAGGAUCCCAAGGAAAAGGAUUGUUAAAUAUAAUAAUAUCACGCAAACUCUUCUGCAAACUGUCUGUAUACGAAUUGUAUUUGGGAGUGGGAGUUGUGUAUAUUAAGUGUUUGCUCUUUAACUGAAAGGCAAAAUAAAUAAACAGAUAUCCCAAUUA